AUGAUAAUAGUCAAAGCGUCGAAAGCAUCGAGGACGAAAGAGUCGCUUGUUCCUCUUGCGACCCUCAUCGGUAGGGAGCUGAGGAGCGAGAAGCUGGAGAAGCCUUUACUCAUCUAUGGCCAAGCUGCUCUCGCUAAGAAAGGAGAAGACUUUUUUCUGAUUAAGACUGAUUGUGAGAGGGUUCCUGGUGAUCCUUCCUCCGCCUUCUCUGUUUUCGGGAUAUUUGAUGGUCAUAAUGGUAACUCGGCUGCUAUAUAUACUAAGGAACGUCUUUUGGAUAAUGUGGUGAGUGCUAUCCCUCAGGGUGCAACUAGGGAAGAGUGGCUUCAAGCUCUUCCUAGGGCUCUUGUUGCAGGGUUUGUCAAAACCGACAUUGAGUUUCAGCAGAAAGGGGAGACUUCUGGGACGACGGUGACAUUUGUUAUAAUUGAUGGCUGGACGAUCACUGUCGGCUCUGUUGGGGACUCACGCUGCAUAUUAGACACCCAAGGUGGUGUGGUUUCUCUGCUGACUGUCGAUCACAGGCUGGAAGAGAACGUUGAAGAGAGGGAACGCGUAACUGCCAGUGGGGGCGAGGUUGGAAGGCUCAAUGUUUUUGGUGGCAAUGAGGUCGGCCCGCUUCGAUGCUGGCCUGGUGGUUUGUGUCUUUCGAGGUCCAUUGGGGAUACUGAUGUGGGAGAAUAUAUUGUCCCAAUACCUCAUGUUAAGCAAGUGAAACUUUCAGAUGCUGGGGGGAGACUCAUUAUAGCUUCAGAUGGUAUUUGGGAUAUACUGUCUUCUGACAUGGCUGCCAAAGCUUGUCGUGGUUUAUCCGCCGAACUUGCUGCUAAACUUGUUGUUAAGGAAGCGUUGCGAACAAAAGGGUUGAAGGAUGAUACUACUUGUGUAGUUGUUGACAUAGUUCCAUCUGAUCAUCUUACCUCGGCUCCAACUCCUAAGAAGAAACAGAACACAUUCACUGCAUUUCUUUCUAAGAAAAAGCAUACUGAUACCAACAACAAGAACGGAAACAAGCUUUCUUCUGUCGGAGUUGAAGAAUUGUUUGAAGAAGGUUCUGCUAUGCUUGCAGAUAGAUUGGGAAAGGAUCUUCCCUCGAAUACGGACACUGGGCUCUUAAAAUGUGCUGUAUGCCAAGUAGACCAAUCUCCAGGUGAAGCUCUAUCAAGCAACGAGGGUUCUAUCAUCUCCUCAGCAUCUAAGCGAUGGGAAGGUCCCUUCCUAUGCACAAUAUGCAAGAAAAAGAAAGACGCCAUGGAAGGAAAAAGACCAAGCAAAGGUUCAGUGACCACUUGAAGCCAACUUUUGUCUUGAGAGAAAUGAUAAAUGUUAUGUAGAGAAUAGACCCAAUUCUUCUUAUCCAUUGUUUAAAAUAUGCCUCUGGUUUGUGUUCUUUGGCUUUAUGCUGAACAUUUACCUUGAUACAUGUGUGUUUUGAUUGGUAAUUGCUAAUAUAUUAACAUGGCUUUUCCAA